GCUAAGCCUGAUGGUUGAAAAAUCCUUGUGCUGUGACUUAGAGUGGUCCCAAGGGGAAGUGAUUGAUUAUAAAACACAUGGACUGUAGGAAACUCUCCAGCGCUAAAAAAACCCAACACACUGGCUGAUCUGAGCCGGCACAUGACUGCCGGCUGAAGGGAGGCAGCACUCCUGUGUGGGGCAUGCACUAAGGCACAUGACAGUCCCCCAGGUGCUGUGGAAGGACAUCACAGAUCCGGGGCUGAGCGGCGUGGGCGACGGGGGUACAGCAAGUGGGAAACCAGGAAGGACGGACAGCGCUGGGAGCAGCAAAGCGGCCAAGACCCAAGAGCGGCACAGGGGUUGUCACACAAGCUAAUCCAGCCUACUGCUCCUCCGGCCAAAUACACCGUCCCCGAGGACCGUCGCAUGGAAAUGGGUGUCUGGUGGAUCGUCGUGGUCUCCCCUCUCCUGCUUUGGUGCUGCGAGGGAUCCUCAGCUCACCAGCUUUCAGUCGACCCCCCACAAGAUCUUCAGAUAGUCGACCCUGGACUCCUAGGCCAUCUCUACAUGCAGUGGAAGCCCCCGCUUUCCCUGGAGGCCUCCCACCAAUGUCCUUUAACGUACAAGCUAAAAUACCGCAGCGCCGGCGAUACGGACUGGAAGGUUAUCUUUACUAAGAAAUUAAAAUAUGGAGACAGUUUUGACCUCAACCGGCCGGUGGAAGCAAAGGUGCAGACGCUGCUGGAAGGACCCUGUGCCAAUGGAUCGGAGGUGCAAAGCGAAUGGACUCAUGCCAGCUUCCAGCUUCCUUCGCAAGGCGCGCUGGAGUCGCGGAUCCAGGACUUCCGCUGUGUCUACUACAACUGGGAGCAUCUUCGCUGCACCUGGCAGGCGGGCCGGCAGGCGCCUCCCGGGGCCCGUUACGAGCUGUAUUAUUGGUACGCCGGGCUGGGCGACCCGGUGCAGUGCGCCGACUACAUCUGGACGCGGGGCAAGACCACGGGCUGCCAGCUGCCGAACCUGAGGCAGGCGGAGUACCUGGACAUCAACGUCUGCGUGAACGGGUCGGCGGAGCCCGCGCGGCUGCAACCCUCCUACUUCAUCCUCCAAAUUAAGAACCUAGUAAAACCUCCUCCUCCUGAACGGCUGGCGCUUUCCAUGUCUGCUUCCAAGGAAAUCCACGUGCAAUGGAGCUCUCCGGAAGGAGGAACCCCCCCCGAGUGCCUGGAGUACGAGGUGCAGCUCCAGGGCUCGGACGGCCACGCGGACGCCGCCUGGUCGUCUGCGUCCACCCAACUGGAGACUGCCUUUGUCUUCUCCCAGGCCAAUGGGACUCGCUUGUCCUGCGUCCGCGUCCGCGGGAGAACAAACACCUUCUGUGCCGACCAGGGCUUUUGGAGCGACUGGACGCAGGAGUGCUUUUAUGUGCCCAGGGAAGACGAAAAGCAGCUAUUCAUCCUCGUGGCGGUCGUCUUGAGCUUCUUCAGUGUCGUCCUGGUGAUCGUCUUUGCUGUGCACCGCAAGAAGAGAGCGCUAGCAGCAGAAAAACUGCAGCUGCCAACGGGAUGCUAACGGCGCCGGCAGGACCCCAGCGCAGCUCGUGGGAUGGACGGCUCGGAGAACCUCAGCCCAGAAGCAGACCUGAACUUUGUAAGUCCUUCGGAGGGCUUUUCUACUUUCUUCCCUUUACGAUGCUGUCGUGGCAUGAAAACGCGUGAGUCCCAGGAGCAGGUCGGAGGAGAGGAGCCUCUAAACUGACAUUGGAGUCAUUUCUUUUUAAUAACGUGGCGAGGGUGGAAAAGCAGCCAGGAAAGGAGACGGGGAAUGCCGCCAGCGGUUGUGCUUCGUGUUUUAUAAGUCUGUGCGGAAACGUGGGUCGCGCAGUGGAGAUGGAGGAUGCAAAUUUCGAGUCUGGAGGCUGUUGUGUGAAAUGCUGCCGUGUCUCGAUGCAACUGCCCGCUGUACAGCACGCUCCCCGAUAGCUCCUCCGCCCUGUUCCCUGCGCACCUGGUCUGCUCAUAGCUUGCGUUGAAGCUCGGUGUUCACAACCCAUUGCCCCGUGCCAUCUGCUGCACCCCAGCUGUUUGCCACGGUGGAUUGAGAGGUCUGGUGCAAUUGGUUGUGACGCUGACCCGCCGGUUCGUGAGCCAAAUGGGUCCGGGCCUCCACUGCCAAAGGUCAGCAAGGGAGGAAGACCGGGCGCUGGACCUGGAAAGCAAGGCUCCUAGAGCAGAAGGGCUCUCCGCCCAAAGAAGCAUCCCGCCGAUGAAAUGCGUGACCUGCUACGUGGAGUAGACACGCCGUAAGCAUGAUGCUCCGGUCAUAUCCGUCACCAAAGCUGGGGUGAGUUCUGCAGAAAUACAUCCACUGCCUAACUGCACCCCCCACAAAUGAGUAUCCUGGGGCAGGGUCUUUGCUGUCUGGUGAACGCAUCUUCGGGGCCUGGUGUUCGCAUCACGGUGGGGAUUUUCACCGAGGAGGGGAAAGCGGAUCUGGUUGGUGGUGAGCUGAAAUGCACGGUGCUGUGCUAAUCCAGCCAGAAAAGGACCUUUCACACCUCUUUGGAGGGCCAUCGAGACAUCCCAGGGCUGCCCAGGCUCCAAGCAAAAAGCGAUUUGGGGAACGAAUGAAUACGGAGCGAGGCAAAAGCUCGCAGGCGGUGCACAGGCUGGACAAGGAGGAUGCCGUGGUAUUUGCUGAUCGAGCUUUAAACCUGAGCCAGGACUGUGCCGGUGACUCGCUUCCUCGACUGGGUGGUGAAAGGGUUGGUGGCCAGAGCCGGAAGGAAGGGUAGGGCUAAAGUCUGGCACAUAAUUGCUUUUUAAAUCAGUCAAUAAGGCUUAUUAGCUGACAGCGGAGGGACUGGCUGUGCAGGGUUGAGUCCUGCGACAAAGGAGGUGAAAGCAGACGUGGCGCCAGGGGUAGGAUGGGAAACCAAUCCCAGAGACGCCGUGUCCUGUACUGCGGAGGCUGUUUGGCUUCGGGACAGCUCUUAAACAUGCCGGCAGACCGCGCCGUGUCAGAGGAAUGACUGCUCCAAAGUAAACACGCUAUUUCCUUUCUUACUCGGCUCGUCGCAUGUGAAACAGGUGAGCGUGCUAACGACGGGCUGGAGCCAGCCAGCCAGCAUGCAUGCCCAGGCACGAGGAGCUGUGCACGCGCAUGGGGGGUGUACAGACAACUGGCAGGUGGGACGCUGCCACUUUGCACGUGGCCAUUAGAGACGCGUUGCUUGUCGUUUGGGUGCUUAGACGGUCAACACGCUACUGCUAUGGACAGACUGGGGCUAGACCCCGACCGGGCCGAGCGCUGCAAGAAGUUGCAGAUGUGCCCUGCACGUCACUGGCAGGCUAGCUCGUUAGCAUUGUGUUCCCCCAGGGCUAAUGAGUCCUGCUCGAGUGAGGUACAUCAGCCUUUGCGGGCUGGCGACUGGCGACACGUUCUGCACAGCCCAGGCUACGCAGGCGUGCCAAGGGCAAAGGUGCUGGCACUGGCUCUGGAUUUAACACGCUUCCAGGGCACGUGCACAGCCGUGCAAUUGUUUCCAUUCCUUUCCAUUCAUUUACCUAAGAGAAAACACCAAGAAAUC